AUGAGCAUGAAAACCAGGACAGACCAUGAGCGAACGGACUCAGACAACACACUCGCCCUGCCUAACGUCGAGACAGGGUUGGGACCUGAGCGCGAGAAGAUUGAUAAUAACGCCUCCAGGUGGGUGCGCAGAGGGUUUCUUCCGUGGUUGUGUAUGGUCCCGUCCGUACAGAAUCCCCGGUCCUACAGCUCCGGAGUAAAGUGGUUCUUGACCUUCAUCGUUGCUGCCGGUGGUUUAGUCGUUCCGUUGAGCAGCGGUGUCUUGUUCCGUAUGUACCUUCUCUCUACUACUCUCUUCAGACAGACUUCGAACUUACAUGUUGGUUGUAAAACAGCUUGCUUGCUUGAAAUCGCUGCCGACCUUCAUACCACCGAAUCUGUCGUCAACCUGUCCAUCGCCUUCGGUUCCCUUGCCGUCGCCAUCACCCCCCUCUGGUGGUCUUACCUUGCCGAGCUCUAUGGUCGCCGUCUCGUAUAUCUGCUGUCUUUCUUCUUUCUCGGACUUUUCUGUAUCCUAGCAGCCAUCAGCCCCAAUAUCGGCAUGUUCAUCGCCAUGCGCCUUCUCGGCAGCGCCUCAAGCGCGUCCCUUCAAUCCGUCAGCGCAGGUACUAUUUCCGACAUGUUUGAGCCGCACGAGCGCGGAAAGGCCAUGGGUGCCUUCAUGCUAGGGCCCAUGCUAGGUCCCAUGUUCGCCCCCAUAAUCGGGGGAGCGCUCACUAUGCGUUGGGGCUGGCGCAGCACGCAGUGGUUUAUGGUAAUUUAUGGAUGGGCCGUGUUCAUGGUGAUGGUCAUUUUUCUACCGGAGACAGCAACAAAUCUGGCAGAAAAUCAGCGCGAGCACCGUGCCAGUGCUAGCAGCCCCGCUAAGAAGGCCAUCCACUUUGUCCUUAAGCCCAUAGAGGCCGCCAAGCUCCUACAGUACCCGCCUAUCCUAAUCACGGUCUACUAUACGGCGAUAGUGUUUGCUACCUAUUACCUCAUUUGCGUCUCGAUCGAGGAUACCUUUGCCGUAGCCCCGUACUCCUGGAGCCCUGUGAUCGUCGGGAUCGCCUACAUCCCUGGGGGUCUGGGGUUGUUGUUCGGGGCAAUCAUCGGUGGUCGCUGGCAGGAUGCAAUUAUGGCACGCACUGCCCGAAAGGAAGGCAGGUAUGACGAGGUAGGAGAGUUGAUCUUGCAUCCAGUCGAUAGGUUAGGGGAAAAUUGCCUAAUGGCGGGCAUUCUGUUCCCCGGGGCACUCUUUUGGUGGGGAUGGACGGCCGAGAAGCAGGUCUUCUGGCUGGUGCCGCUGAUCGGAAAUUUCUUCUAUGGCUUCAGUGGAAUGAUCCUUACCAACGUGACCAUGACCAUGCUGACAGAGUUCACCCCAAAGAAGUCGACCGUCGGCGUUGCGGUGAACAAUCUGCUGCGAAAUAGCCUGUCGUGUGUUAGUGCGGUCAUCGCUCAACCGCUUUUCGAUGCGAUUGGAACCGGAUGGUCUUUCACCGCCGCUUGUAUCUUCUGUCUGCUGAGUGGCAUUCCGUUGAUCCUUCUACGGAUAAAGCGGGAGGAAUGGAGUCGGAAGAUGAAGGCUACCUUGGGAAGUGAUUAA